ACUAAACCUCCCUCACAUACAUCACAAUCAAGUCUAACUCAAAAGUCAAACAUACUUUUCUUAGCAAAGACCAAUAUUAUUCCCUCAAAUCCCACCUUAACAUUAAACAGCAUCAAACCUCAAACUUACCAAGAAAGAUCAUAUUUUGUUCCACCAAUUAAUGAAGCUUCUGAGACCCUCCCACCCUUCUGCCACCAUGGUCACCGGAACCUGUUCUGGGUUUUCUCCUCCGGCCACUUUCCGAGAUGGGUUUGGCCGGAAUAUUCCUCCGGUGCCGGAGAUUGUUGGUGGUGGGGAUGAUAAAGUUUAUGUGGCUGUUGGGAAGUCUGUUGAAAAGGCAGUGGCUUUGUUUCAUUGGACUUUUAGGAGGUUUAGAGAUAGAGAGAUUUGUAUUCUUCAUGUUCAUCAGCCUUCUCCCUUGAUUCCAACACUUUUGGGAAAACUACCAGCAACUCAAGCAAAUCCUGAUGUUGUGUGUGCAUAUAGAAGAGAGGAGAGAGAUGCGAUGCAGAAGCUUCUACUUGAUUACGUCAGCCUUUGCGCUCGUUCAAAGGUUAAAGCAUGCGUUGUGACUACCGAAAACGAUCAAGUUCGUAAAGGAAUUGUGGAUUUGGUUAACGAAUAUCGCGUGCAGAAACUUGUUAUGGGAGCUGCCACAGAAAAUUGGAUGAAGGUGAAGAAAAACUCGAGCAAAUCAAGUUACGCUGCCAAAAAUGCACCUCCGUUUUGUCAAAUAUGGUUUGUCAACAAAGGUCAACUUCUUCACACCAGAGAACCUUCUGAGGACUACAAUAUUCUACCACCGUCAGUCCAAGAUUCGAGUGCUUUAAGGUCACAAUCGUUACAUUGCCCCAACACCGAAAGGGAAAUACCGCAAAUUUACUGCCGGUCGAGCUCAAGUACGAGUUUUAUUCCGAGAAGUACAAGCAUGACGAGGAGUUUACAGUCGAACACUUCUUCGGAGUCCGAAUAUUCAUCUGAACAUGAUCUGAGAGUUGAAGAAGAAAGCUUAUGCAAACAGCUUGACGAAGUCAACUUGGAAGCCGAAGCGUCAAGGAACGAAGCGUUUCAAGAGCUUUUAAAGCGGAAACGAUUAGAAGCGCAAGCUUUGGAAGCAAAUAACAAGGUGAAGGCCUAUGAAUCUGCUCACGCUCAAGAAGUUGAAUUAAGAAAAGCAGCCGAGGAUAAACUAAACGCUGCAAGACGAGAAAACGAGCAACUCCUGGAACAAAGAGAAUCGACAUCAAAGGAAUGGCAUAAGUUGCUAAGAAACAUAGCAAUCUUAGAGAAUCAAGUACAAGAAGCAAACCGUAGACGCGAAGAAUCAUCUGAAGAACUUAAACUUAUUCAAGCAUCUGUCGCAACUCUAAAGAUAGAAAAGCUAACGCUUCAAAGACAACGAUUCGAAGCUGCAAACUGGCUCGACAGGUGGAAAGUUCGUGGACAACCGGCAGGUGCAUCUUCUACAACUUCGAGAUUAACGGAGUUUUCAUUGGUGGAUUUGGAAACCGCGACGUGUGGGUUCUCAGAGAGCUUCAAGAUCGGCUGUGAAAGUUACGGUUGUUCGUUGUAUAAAGGUGAAAUGUCGAAUAGAACGGUCAUGAUAAAGAAACUGCAUCGAAAUAAUUUGCAAGCACAACAAGAGUUUCAAGAAGAGGUUCAAGUGGUAGGGAGACUGAAGCAUAAGCAUAUAUUGAGUUUAAUCGGCAUAUGUCAUGAAGCUCACGCGCUUGUUUACGAGUACACACCAACGCGCCUCGAGAGUCAUCUGUCUCAUAAAACCAACUCUUAUUCCAUGUCGUGGAAAACCCGAACUCGAGUCAUUUUCGAAAUUGCAAAUGCACUUCUGUUCUUGCACUCUUCAAGACCCGAAAAGCUACUACACGGCAAUUUAAGCCCGGAAAACAUCGUUCUCGAUUCGGAAUUCUGCUGUAAACUAUGCAACUUCAGAUUCUCCAAACUGGUCAACGAGGAAACGUUCCGGUGUCGUAGUUUCCGCCAAUACUCCGAACCGUCUUCAAAUGGACAUUAUUUGUUUACCGAUCCGGAGUUUCUUCAAACAGGAGAUUUGACAGCAAAAUCCGAUGUGUAUUCUUUUGGGAUGAUUAUCCUGUGGCUACUCACGGGCAGUCGCGCAUCGGGGUUAGCUAAUAUAGUGAGAAGAGCGGUUUCGGGUUCCAACUUGGUCUCGGUUUUGGAUGCAUCCGCUGGCGAGUGGUCCGGUUUUGUGGCUCGACGGUUGGCUGAUUUGGGUCUACGAUGCUGCGACUCAAACUCUGCAGACCGGCCUGCAAUCUCACUGGUUAUGGUUAAAGAACUUGAGCAUUUGUCUGCGCUUGAAGACCGUCGGGUGCCUUCUUCGUUCCUGUGUCCCAUUCUAAAGGAAAUCAUGCAUGACCCUCAGUUGGCGGCAGACGGUUUCACUUACGAAGGUGAAGCGUUGCGAGGAUGGUUGAAAAACGGGCGUGAAACGUCUCCGAUGACUAACCUAAAACUUGACCAUUUAAAUCUUACUCCGAAUCAUUCGAUUCGGCUUGCGAUUCAAGACUGGUUGUGUAAUCCAUAGGCACAUAGUACUUUGCGCCUUGGAUGACUAAUUUCGUAAAAAGAGUACAAUCAAACUUAAAGUUUUCACAUUCCUAAAAAAAAGAACUUGGACAUA